AUGGAUGGACUUUAAAAAACAAGAACUGGGUGCACACAUUUGAACUUAUUUUGGGUUUUCUCUGAUCCCAACAGGGUCAAAAGUAAACAUACAGACUCAAAUAUUUACAUACACCCCUACUAAUAUUUGGUAAAAAUGUGCUUUAGACUAGAAGGUGGCUUACAACUAACGUGAGGAGUGUAUUUAAACACCUGACCACACCUAUAAAUAAAAUUAACAUUGAUGUUAGCCACAGUCACUUCCUGUAGAUUUAGAUUUUAUUUUCAUAGAUUCAUAUUAUUAUUUUAUUAGUAUACAAUUUUCUUUCCCCAGACUAUUUUUUUUUUUAAUUUAGUGGAAAGUGUUAGGAGUGCUAGGAUAAUUUCUGCUCAGUUUGCAGGUGUAGCGCCUGCUCUUCGCCGUAGGGGGCGGUGUGUACGAAUGCGUGCUGUAGUUAUUUUUAGAGAAGAAGCAGAAGCCACAACAAUAACACACAGGCAUUUUCAGGGACUGAAAAUCCUUUAAAUGUGACCUUUUCAGCGCGGAUUUUCUCAGUGUAACGUUUGCAAACGGUCCGUUUAUGUGAAAAGACUACAAAAUAAUUCCGCACGAAGGUGAAUUCAGGCGCCAUGUUGCGUGUUUCAGCGAAUAAAUAGCAUGUCGUUAAUGCGAGGCUAGCUGCGCCGUUAGCCUGCGUGCACCGAGACCGGUUCUGCUGUCGCUUUUCCGUUUCAUGUCACUACUGUCCGGUACCGCGUGCAGACAUGGAGAGUUUGUACAAGCGGAAAAUGUUCGCGUCCAUGCGGAAAACCAAAGUAGCCGCAUCGAAGAAGCGGCAGAUCGGUCUGCCCGCCUCCAUCCUGGACGACAGUGACGAAGGGUCCUUCUCGUCGUCCUCCUCCUCCGGAUCACAGUCCGACUUCCAGAGCUCUCCUGAGGACAACAGCGAGCAGGAGGACCGGGACCGGAGCGAGUCCGGGGGGACCUCCAGCGACGACAGCCGCUCUGUCACCCGCAGGAAGCGCUCCUUCCUGGGAGGCGACGACAGCUCUUCGUCGUCCAGCCGCGGCGACGAGGAUGAAGAGGACGACGAUGACGACGACGAAGAUGACGACGGAAGUCACACGAAGAGGAUGGUCCAGCCGAGGAAGAGGAGCCGGCUGCAGCGGCAGGACGAGUCGGACUCGGACCGCGCGGAGGAGAAACGGAGAGAGGACGCGGAGAAGGCGAAGAGGAGGCAGAGACAUAACAAGCUGCUGGCGCUGUCCCGGAGGAUGAAGGCCCGCAUCCCGAGCCGGAGGAGGAGCCGCGUGAAGCAGGGCACAGGAGACAAGGAAGAGUCUAAAAAAGCAGAGGAUGAGGCAGAUGGUGAUGGAGAUGGAGGAGGUGAAGAAGAAGAGGACGGAAAGAAAGAAGUGUCACGGGGAGACAAAGGAGAAAAAGAGAAAGAGGAGGAAGAAGAAGAGGAGGAGGAGGAGGAGAAGUAAGCCUGAGAGAAAUAAUAGCAUUUAAAAAUGAUGCAAAAGUGUUUAUCUGUACAGGACUCAUGGUUAUGUUGUUGCUGUGACAACGAACACUUGUAACAAGCAACAAAAAGAAGAAAAGAGGAGGUGGACAGCGUCUCUGACCCCAGUGUGAGGUACUUUUUUGCUUUAGAUUGAAAAUAUAAACAUUUGCUGAUCUGCUGAGCGCUCAGUUUUAUUUACAUGCUGCAGAUGUUUCCAUGUUAAUCCGCCAACAGCUGGAGGCUCCAAGCACUGCUGACCUGUAUGACGUCACAAGCAAAACCAUAUAAUGGUUAAGUUGGAUUCAACCAGGUGGCCUGCACUAUCAGCGUGACUUACGAUUAGAGCAAAAUCUUUAUUAUAAUUUAUUAGCUUUUUUUUUUGGUUCAUUGUUGUAACACUAAAAGGUUUUAUCUGGGAGUGGUAGUCACAGCCUUCCUGCAGCUGUCCAUCUGAAACUCACAGCCCACCGGUGAAAGGAGCAAAAACAAGUCGCCAGCAUUGAAUUGUCUUAUUUUCACUGAAAUGAGUCCUGGAGUAAUACACAGGCCACUACAUGCAGCUGGUUGUGAGGUGUGUGUAACGCGUGAUUAAAAUAAAAACCAAAAACGUACAUAUUCAAUAUACACUUUGCUCGCAUGAAAUUAGCUUUCUUAUAAGAUGUGUUUUUUUUUUUUGUUUGUUUGUUUUUUUUUCCUUUUGAACUAAAAAAAAUCAGCUUUUUUCUGGCCCACGUUUGGCCCUCUUGUCGCUCAGUUCUGGCAUUUGGCAAUCACCAGAUGUGGCCCAGAAGUCAUAAACACAGCUGGCAGCUGGCACAGGUGGACCUCAGCAGCCACUGAGUCACAGGCACACAUCUGGGUUAUAUUUUGCAUAUUUGAACCAGCAGAUGUUUUGCUACUUUAGCCUUAAAAAAUACAGAAAUGUGCUCAUAUCCUGUUGUUUUAGUCAGAGCUCUGCUUGCAAGUCCAACAAAAAGCCAGUGAGCGGUUCUCGAGUUCAGCUAGAUGAAAUUUGUGGCAGCAGAUCAGCUAGUGAAGCUAAAACCAGAGCGAAAGCUUUCCUGGAUGUGGAGCACAGAAGCUGCUUUCUUUCCUGCAAAAGGGAAGAGCUGCUUAGUGGGCGGGGCUUCCACAUCACAUCACUGAGUGUAAUCGUUGCAUUAUGACUGCGUGUGAGCUUUAAGACAGAAGCCGACUGCAUCUCCCAGAAGGCACUGGUGUGAGUCUUUAUUGAAUUCUUGAUGGCAGUGUUGUGAAUAUGCAAAAAACUCUGAUUUCACGACCCCGGAGGAUUCUGGGUAUUGCAGUAUUUAGAGACAUUCAGUAACCGACAGCACUCUGACUCGUUUCUGUUGCACUUUCCUUCUUUUUCUUUCAUUUUUUUUUCCUGAAGUUGAGUUUGAUUGUUUGCCAAUCUUUUCUAAGUAAGUGUGAAGGCCUCGCAGACCAAUUGAUUUUUUUUUUUCUUGUACAGCAGCUUUUUAAUCUGUUGCUUUAUCUUUGAAAAAAUAUUUACAUAUUUUGAUAGUUUUGUCCGUCUGUUAUCUCCAGCGGUCUCUGUUUCUGUUAUUACAUUGUCAGCUAAAUACCUUUGAAUGUUGAACCACACAAGAUUUUUGAAGACUUCCUGCAAGUUCACUUUGCUGACAUAAUAAUAUCGUUAUACUUACUUCCUGGUACACUUGCAGUAUAGUGGUUGCCCAUAAUAAAUCACAGAUAAAACCAAAUUAUUUGUCAGUAACUGCAUUAAAAAUGCCUGCAUAGGUUCUCAGUUGUGCAGGUCAUGGUAGUCUUGAGUGCUUAAAAAUAAAGUAGUUGACAGUAGGGCUGCACGAUUUUGCAUAAAAUGAGAAUCACGAUUUUUUGGCUUAGAAUUGAGAUCACGAUUCUGUU